AUGGACUCUCAGUUGACUCCUGUCUUCACCAAAGACGCCUGUCCUCCUGCUGGACCUUACAGCCAGGCCAUCAAAGCCGCCGGUCAAGUCUUUUGCGCUGGACAAAUCCCUGCCGAUAGCACCGGCAAGCUGGUGGAAGGUUCCAUCGCAGAGAAGACCGAGCAGUGCAUCAAGAACCUCAAAGCUAUUCUAACGGAAGCUGGAAGCGGCAUUCCUAAAGUCGUCAAAGUCGGAGUCUUUUUGUCGGACAUGAAGCACUUUUCAGAGAUGAACGGCGAGUACGAGAAGUGGUUCACCCACAAGCCUGCCAGAACUUGUGUCGCUGUGCGAGAGCUUCCCAAGGGCGUUGAUGUUGAGAUUGAAGCCAUUGCUGUCCAGUAA